AUGGCGGACGACGAGCAAUGGGAUGACCUGGCUAUCAUGAAGGCAUUUGAUGCCGCUGUGAACAAGCGCAAGGCCAAGCCGGCCAAACACGCUCCACGCGCCGCGAGCCACGCGCCGACGCAUGCUUCCGCCACACCGCACACGCAUGCAUUGAGCCCGCCCAAGUCGCCCGCUGUGUCGCAUCGUAGUGUACCCAUGCACACGCCACCGCACGCAACCGGCAGUUCAUUCCAAGCCCAUCAGUCGACCUUCCCACCAGAGGCAGCGUACUACCACUCGCACGGCUAUGAUACACCCUCGCACGCUGCCUUCCCAGCGCACAAUUACCCACCGCUGACACCCCCGCACGCGGCGUACCCCUCGCCACACGCAGCGUACUCGCAGCCCACACCGCGAUCGAACGAGCAGUACGCUGAUGCGUAUGCCCGUGCCUACGCGCAUGCUAUGGCGCAGGGCGCGUCGCCGUCCUUUGCGCCACACCCCGCGCCGACGUGUCCGUACGGCUGUCAGCAGCAACAUGGCGGACUGCCAGGUAUGCCAGGCUUGGCGCCGGCGCCACCGAUGGUCCAGGACGACGAUCUCUCCAAGCUCCUCCUCUCAUGGUAUCAGUCGGGGUACUAUGCGGGUCGCUACAAGGCGAUGCAAGAAAGCAAGGCGUCGUUCUUUCGACGAUAG